AUGGAGAACACGGUCAAAGAGGUGCGCAGUAACAUCCAAGAAUCGGUAGAAGAACUAGUAAGGGCAGCCAAAGGCGCAAGUCAAGUCACCUCCAACCAACCACACGUGUGUAUAGACAACACAGGGUCUAACGGACCUCAGACAUACGCAGCAGCAGUGAAAACUAACCCUCCUAUGAUACUAACGAAGGCAUUGGCAAAAAGCGAGGCACAUGCUCGACAGAUUCUAAUAGACAGGAGAUCCCCGUUCUACUCCAACACGCUCAAAGAUCUCACGGAGGCACAAUUGGUAGCAAAGGCCACACUAGCAAUUGAACUCAUAUCCAAAGACGACAACAACAUCCCUAAGGAUUUAGUUUUCCUAUCAGCAAGAAGAUUACCUCACGGUGGAGUACUCUACGAACUCAACUCAGCAGUAUCGGCAAAGUGGUUCGAUGAUCCGGCACAUAGAAGCAAGUUUCUGGAACAUUUCGGAAUAGAAGUCGUCAUCAAGGACCGAUCAUUCCACGUAAUAGUUGAAAACGCUCCGAUAUCCUUCAUUCCCGAC